AACAGUCCAUUAAGCUCUUUAGUUCGCAUGCGAGACGCUCGCGUACAACAACGAGCUACCAAACGUGCUUUCGUUGGGAAAAUUAAAAAACUAUUUUACAGUUAACCAAACCCGUUCGAAGGGAGCAGUGCUGUAAAGCUCACAACUUUGUUCUCCCGUCCGAAUCUUUCCUCCUGAAAUCGAACACUAGCCCUGUUGUUUCUCCAGUACUGAAAUCGUCCUCCUGUAAAUCGGGGAGAGAAACCCUCAUCCUCAAUUAGCCCUGUUGUUCUCUGCGGAGCUUUGCUUUACUCUUUCUGAUAAGGAACCCCACCUCUGAGGUGGAGUGGAGGGUGGAUCCCUUCUCUCCGUUUACAGGUGAUGAAUCAAGGUCGAUCUUUUACUAUGGAGUAAGCGUUCUCAGAUUUUAUAGAGUACAGCCAUUUGCGGUGCAGUUGGAUUCAUCCUCCUUUUUCAGAAUGUUCCUUUCUUUUUCUGCUGCAUUAUGUUUCUGAAAGUCUUAAGCGACGGACGGGUAGAUUAAGGAAGGAAAGUUAACCGGAAGCGCUUUCAUUGGCUGUUGUGGUUUGGGUCUCUUUCAUCAGUCUUCUAUUUUCUGAUCCAUUCUAUCAGAUCCGGUCUUGCAGUUGUCGGAUCUCUCUUUCUACAGUCACUUGACCCAUAAGAUCAAGCUUUUUCUGUUUCUACUCCGAUGGCAAACAAAAACCAGGCUCUGCGAGCCACCUGGUCGACCCGGAUCCCUCCGCCGGCGACGAGCACCCAAACAGUGACCUUUGGCCGCCGGACAAUGUCCGGGAGAAACAUCAGCUACUCCCGAGACGACCUUGGCAGUGAGCUCGGCGGCGGCGACCACUCCAAGGAGUUUCUCAGCUACCACAUCAACAUUCCUCCCACUCCCGACAACCAGCCAAUGGACUCUGCAGCCUCAGCUAAUCCCGAUCCCUCAAUCUCCGCCCGCGUAGAGGAACAGUACGUCUCCAACUCUCUAUUCACCGGUGGAUUCAACAGUGUGACGCGCGCGCAGCUUAUGAACAAGGUGAUCGACUCUGAGUCGAGCCACCCGCAGAUGGCCGGAGCCAAGGGCUCGUCUUGUGCCGUCCCCGGCUGUGGCUCCAAAGUCAUGAGCGAUGAGCGCGGCAACGAUAUUCUUCCCUGUGAGUGCGGUUACAAGAUCUGCCGUGACUGCUUCGUGGAGGAUUUGAAGGCCAAUGGGACUUGCCGGGGUUGUAAGGAGCCUUAUAAGGCGAAGGACAUGGAUGAAGUCAUCGCUAAGGAGAAGCCCCAGUUAUCACUGCAAUUUUCUUUAGCAGGGAUGUCGAAGAUGGAGAGGCGGUUGUCGCUAAUGAAGUCGAGGAACUAUGCAAGAAGUCUGACAAGGAGCCAGACCGGAGAGUUUGAUCAAAACCGGUUGUUGUUCGAGACUAAGGCGACUUAUGGGUAUGGAAAUGCCAUCUGGCCGAGGGAGAAUGAUGGUGACGGCGGCAGCGGACAGCCGGCGGAGCUUGUGUGCAAGCCAUGGAGACCUCUUACCAGGGAAUUGAAGAUCCCAGCUGCAAUCCUCAGUCCUUAUAGGCUACUCAUCUUCAUUCGAAUGGCCAUUCUUGGCCUCUUUCUUGCAUGGAGAAUCAGGCACAAGAACGAAGACGCCAUUUGGCUUUGGGGCAUGUCAGUUGUCUGCGAGAUAUGGUUCGCCUUCUCCUGGCUCUUGGACCAGCUGCCGAAGCUCUGCCCCGUUAAUCGAACCACCGACCUUCUCGUUCUGAAGGAGAAGUUUGAAUCUCCUUCGCCUUCCAACCCCUCGGGAAAAUCAGAUCUUCCUGGCAUUGAUGUCUUUGUUUCAACUGCUGAUCCUGAAAAGGAGCCGCCUUUAGUCACCGCCAACACCAUCCUGUCCAUCCUUGCCGCAGAUUACCCUGUGGAGAAGCUUGCCUGCUAUGUUUCUGACGAUGGCGGCGCCCUUCUCACCUUCGAAGCAAUGGCGGAGGCAGCUAGCUUCGCCAAUCUAUGGGUCCCAUUCUGCCGCAAGCACGACAUCGAGCCGAGAAAUCCUGAAAGUUAUUUCGGCAUGAAGCGGGAUCCUUACAAGAACAAGAUUCGUUCGGAUUUUGUAAAAGAUAGGAGACGAUUGAAGCGAGAGUACGAGGAGUUCAAGGUUCGUAUCAAUGGUCUGCCGGACUCCAUUCGCCGGAGGUCUGAUGCGUUCCAUGCUAGGGAGGAGAUCAAGGCGAUGAAGCGCCAAAGAGAGGCCGCUCUGGACGAGCCCAUAGAACCCGUUAAGAUCCCAAAGGCCACUUGGAUGGCCGAUGGCACUCAUUGGCCCGGCACUUGGAUUAACUCAGCUGCCGAGCAUUCUCGAGGAGAUCAUGCCGGAAUCAUUCAGGUGAUGCUGAAACCCCCAAGUGAUGAACCCUUACUCGGCAGCAAUGAUGAAACCAAGUCCUUUGAUCUCAACGAAGUUGACAUCCGCCUGCCCUUAUUAGUCUAUGUUUCGCGCGAGAAACGUCCGGGCUAUGACCACAACAAAAAAGCCGGCGCCAUGAACGCCCUGGUUCGAGCUUCGGCAGUCAUGUCUAACGGCCCCUUCAUCCUAAACCUCGACUGUGAUCACUAUGUGUACAACUCGCUCGCCUUGCGCGAGGGCAUGUGCUUCAUGAUGGACCGUGGCGGCGAUCGCAUCUGCUAUGUUCAGUUUCCGCAGCGAUUCGAGGGCAUCGAUCCCUCCGAUCGUUACGCCAACAACAACACCGUCUUCUUCGACGUUAACAUGCGCGCCCUCGACGGCUUACAGGGACCUGUUUAUGUCGGCACCGGCUGCUUGUUCAGACGCAUCGCUCUCUAUGGCUUUGACCCCCCUCAGGCAAGCCGCCAUAGCUCCUGCUUUCCCGGCAAAAGGAAGAAGGCCAGCACUGCUGCGGAGGAGACUCGCGCCCUACGAAUGGCCGAUGAUGACGAUGACGAAAUGAUGAAUCUUUCGUCUUUUCCGAAGAAGUUUGGCAACUCGAACUUUCUGAUUGAUUCCAUCCCUGUGGCGGAGUUUCAAGGCCGCCCACUCGCCGACCAUCCAGCCGUCAAGAAUGGCCGGCCUCCCGGCGCUCUCGUCAUACCUCGUGACCUUCUCGACGCAUCCACAGUGGCGGAAGCCAUCAGCGUUAUCUCGUGCUGGUACGAGGACAAGACGGAAUGGGGGCAUCGAGUAGGCUGGAUCUACGGCUCCGUCACCGAAGACGUCGUCACCGGAUACAGAAUGCAUAAUCGAGGCUGGAGAUCGGUUUACUGCGUGACAAAGCGCGAUGCUUUCCGCGGUACCGCGCCGAUCAACCUCACCGACCGGCUCCACCAAGUGCUGCGGUGGGCGACAGGAUCCGUGGAGAUCUUCUUCUCCAGAAACAACGCUCUCCUCGCCAGUCCAAAAUUGAACCAUCUUCAAAGAAUCGCAUACCUCAACGUAGGCAUAUAUCCCUUCACCUCCUUCUUCCUAAUCGUCUACUGCUUCCUCCCGGCUCUCUCCCUCUUCUCCGGCCAAUUCAUAGUCCAGACUCUCAACGUCACCUUCCUCACCUACCUUCUCGUCAUCACCAUCACCCUCUGCCUGCUCGCAGUGCUCGAGGUCAAAUGGUCCGGGAUUGAGCUGGAGGAAUGGUGGAGAAACGAGCAGUUCUGGUUGAUUGGUGGCACAAGCGCGCAUCUUGCGGCCGUUCUUCAAGGCCUGCUUAAGGUGAUAGCAGGGAUAGAGAUCUCGUUCACGCUUACCUCCAAGUCCGCCGGAGAUGAGGAAGACGAUGACUUUGCUGAUCUGUAUAUCGUGAAGUGGACGUCACUGAUGAUUCCUCCGAUAACCAUAAUGAUGGUGAAUCUCAUCGGCAUUGCGGUGGGGGUGAGCCGGACGAUUUACAGCACGGUGCCGCAGUGGAGUAAGCUGAUUGGAGGGGUGUUCUUCAGUCUGUGGGUGCUGACUCAUCUCUAUCCUUUUGCGAAGGGGUUGAUGGGGAGGAGGGGGAAGACGCCGACUAUAGUGUUUGUGUGGUCUGGGCUAAUUGCGAUUACUAUUUCUCUGCUGUGGGUGGCCAUCAAUCCUCCUGGUAGUUCUUCUCAGAUUGGCGGCUCUUUUACUUUCCCUUGAAUUUUCUUUUCUAUUGUUGUUCUAGAACUUAUCAAAUACAUGUAUUUAUCAAGGAGGUGUGAAA